UGUGUGCUCCGUGGUGCAUUUACGCGUUCCACACUUCCACGUUCCACGUUGUGAAAUUGACGAUUACUAUGUCGAACUUCCACGUAGCACGCGGUAGUACAUGAUAUAGUCGGAGCAUUAUGUUGCACUACCGUAAGACUAAAAGUGUCGCCGUGAGUGGAUGUUGAGAUCAAAUUAACCGGUGUUCUUAACAGAAGAGCCUGCUAAGUAUCGAAUAAAAAUGAAGAACUUUAACAUUAUUUUUCUGUCGAUUAUUUUGACAAUUGCAGUUGUGGCUAAUAAAGGAUACAUCUAUGCUCAAGAAGAUGAGAAUAUUGAUGAUAUUGUUGAUGUAGAAGGUGAAGAAAGUAGUAUAAUAACCGAUGAAGAAGUAGAAGAAGAUAGUAACAAUGCUUCAGCCGAUGCUGCUACAACAAUACUUUUUACAAAACCUGUUCAUAAUACACUGUCUACCCUUGAAUUGCCAGCUGGAAAUAUAGUAGAAUUUCUUGUGGGCUUCACUAACAAGGGUGAAAAUGAUUUUGUUCUGGAAUCGCUAGAUGCCUCUUUCCGUUAUGCGAUGGACUUUAAUUUUUACAUUCAAAAUUUCUCUACGUUUACAUUUAACAAGAUUGUGAAGCCCAAGCACGAGGCUACCUUAGCUUAUUCCUUCAUACCAUCCGAGAGUUUUGCUGGAAGACCGUUUGGUUUGAAUGUCAACCUGAAUUAUAAAGAUGCAAAUGAAGUAUCCUACAAUGAAGCGGUCUUUAAUGAAACUGUACAAAUUAUAGAGAUAGAUGAUGGUCUCGAUGGAGAAACUGUUUUUCUUUACGUAUUCUUAGCUGCAUGCGUUAUAUUGACCCUCGUAGGAGGUCAACAAUUAUUAUCAUCUCUAGGACGUAGAUCGCGUUCCUCUACCACUCGUAAAGCACCAGUGGAAAUGGGUACAUCCAACCCUAACAAUGUAGAUUACAACUGGUUGCCAAAAGAAACUCUUAACAGAAUCAAUAAAUCUCCUAGAACUCUAAAGCAAAGCCCAAGACAAAGGAAAACAAAAAGAACAGCUGGUUUUGAUGAUUUAUGAAUUAUAUUAAUAUUUGUGUGUAUAUUAUUUAAAAAUAAUACCGGAAAUUUAUACUGUACGGUGAAAACUACAAUAAUUUUUGAAAAAGUGAUUCCGAGUUUUCUAAUCUCUUAACUGUGAAGUAGAUUAUAUGAACAAAAAAUAUCUGGUUUCAGUAAAUAAUACGGAACGUGAGAGUUUUUCAAUAAGUUUAAUGAAGUACUAUGCGAAAAAUCAUAUGGCUACAUUCUGUAAUAUUAUUCAUAAUGUAUUGAACUGUAUGUUUUAAAAUCUAGGAAUAUGAUACUCAAUAGUUUGUUUUUGCAAAAAAAAUUUAUACGUAGUACUUAAGAACGAGGUAUACUUUAUUUUUAUUUAUAAGGAGGUAGUAAUAACUGCAAAGUGUCAAAUGAAUAAAUUAUGGCUCAAUCGAAAGAAGAGAUUAUAUAUACUAAAAACUAGAUAUCGUGUGUUUUUUUUUUUCGUUCAUGACAAGUUAGGAUUGUAUUAAGCAGUAAUUUUUUUAUAUAACUAUAUUAUAUAUUUUAUAAUUUAAUUAUAUGUUAUUCUUUCAAACAAAAAAGUGUAUGUAAUGUACAUUACUUACAAUAAUGAUUACCAAGAUUAAAAAAUUUUUUUAUUUAUAAAACUUAAUAUAAUAAAAAUUCAUACAUUAACAUACAAUUAUUCACACAUUACAUAAAAUUUUUUAUUUGAUUCAUAUUUAUCUAAUUUGGUCCUACUCUGAAGUAUUUUAAAAAAGCUAAGAAUAUGCUUUCAGUUCAGACAUACAGUAUGAUAAAAUUACAAGAUUCCACAAAUUCUAGUGUAGCAGGAAAAAUAAUUAAAAAUAGGUGUGGCAAAUUAGAGUUAAUCAUCUAUCCCUUUUUUUAAAUGAGCUAUGAUUUUUUAAUAAGCAAACUAUGACUCCUCUCACUUGAUAUUUUGUAGUUACUGUUAUCUCCUUAUUAAAUUAGUUAUCUAUUUUUUAAUAUAGUCUACAUCAUCAUGAAUAAUGAAUACCAUGAAUAAUGCACAUACGUGUGUGUGUGUGCGUGCGUGUGCGUGCGUGCGUGUGUGUGUGUAACAGGUAAAACAAGGAUGUUAAAUAAGUCUAAUUUUUGGUCCCCUUCCAGAACCUUUGAUAAUAACAAAAAAUUGUUUGGGUCCCACUUGAAAAGAAAAAAACAUCCAUGUACAAAAGUACAGGGAAAAAAAACUUCAGGUUUUUGUCAGGCUUUUUUUCGAAAAUUGAAUAGCCACAUAGCGCACUUACAUUUUUCAUAAAUUCAAUGUUUGGAAAGGUUUUCCGUAAUAUUUUAUUUUGAAAGGCUAUUAAGGAUAAGUAUUUGAAUGUUAGAAUGUAAAGACGGUAUAUACGAAAUGGCGUUCGUAAUAUACAAUUCUUGAUGUCCCAUUUUAAAGGACCACUUCGAAUAACUUUAAAUCUUAAAGUCACGAGUUUUUCAGUGAAAGAAUUUUUUUUAAGUAAGUAUUUGGGAGUUUUGAAAUCGCUGAUUAUGAAUCCAAAGUUAGAUUUUCAAAAUCCAAAGAGCUAAAAUAAAGCGGAUUUGAAAAGUUGUUUAAUGUUUCGUGUUUUGACAGACCAAAUGGAAGCAAGCCUUGGUUAUCCAGAUAGUGCCAUAUCUUUUUUUUGGCUGGAUAUCUUCACACCUUGUCUUUAGUGACCAGAUUUUGAUGAUUCUCGCAUUGACAGACAAAAUUAUGUCAAUCCUUGCUACUGGUCUAAUUGAGACAAAUCUUGCCUUGAAUGGCUGGAUCUCUUGACAUUUUGCUUUCAUAGACAACCCUUUACUAGCUGAAUCUCUUCACAUUUUUUUGAAAAUUUAACUUUGGAUUCGUAAUCAGUAACCUCAAACACCUUCAAAUACGAAAACUCGUGCUUUGAUGCGGGGUCUACAAUGGCAGCAGGAGUAAUGGAGUAAGGAGUAAAAGUAACAAUUGACCAAUUAAAAACCGGGAAUAAACGAAAUGGGCAAAUCUCAUUUCAUAUUUCUUACUUCUUACUCCUACUCCAUUACUCCUGCUGCCAUUGUAGAUCCCGCAUGAGAGUUAAGAAGUCAUUCGGAGUGGUCCUUUAAAAUGGGAUACCAGAACUGUAUAUUGUGAACCAUUUUGUACAUACCUCUUUAUAUUCUAACAUUCAAAUACCUAUGGUUAGUAACCUUUAAAUAUAAAAUAUUAUGGAAAACCUUGCCAAAACAUUGAAUUUAUGAAAAAUGUAAGCACGCUAUGUGGCUAUCCAAUUUUCGAAAAAGCCCGACAAAACUCUGAAGAGUUUCGUUUUCCCUAUACUUCUGAGAUGUAAAGCUGUUUUUUUAUUUUGAAGUAGGACCCAAACAAUUUUUUGCUAUUAUCCAAGUUCUGGAAGGGAGUAAAAAAUCAAACUUUUUUAACAUAUCCUCCUUUAAUUAUUCUUACAACCAUAUUGUGGUGUGUAUCGGUAUAUAAAAAAUUUAAUAAAUUUUUG